UACACUCCUCGGGGCUCGGUCCUCAGUCCUCUGCUCGUAGUUGAGAUUUUGACAGUUCAAUGAGUGAAUGAGCUAAUGAAAUUGUUAAUUUACUCUAUAAAAUGAGUUAGGAUUUAAGGGAGAGUAAAUUUAUGUAACGAAUAAGAAUAUAUCUUGCUAGCCGAGUAUGAAGUAACAUCGGUAUGCUUAACUGGUGCUGUAUUGAUAAAGCAGUAUGAGUGAAGACAUUGGGAUGAGUUCUUGCAGCACAUCCCCUGAUGAUGGCAAAGCUGCAGGAGGACUUCCAGCUACAGAAGCAUCAUCAGGCGGAGGUAGAACGAGUGCUGCCCCACAUGACAGCGAACCUUCUCCUCGGGAGGCCACACCUGCCAGCUUCAGCUCAGGCAGCCGUGAGUUCAGCUUGAAGGAUGGGGCCACAGGUGUCACCUCUUCAGGCACUCCUGGAACGGCUCCCCCGAGUGGCCGGCACUCCUCCCUGAGUCACGGCACGCGGAGCAGCUCGUACGCCGCCCUGGCCCACACACCUCCUCUGGAGGCCGAGCUCACCAGCCACACGCCGCGGCCAGACACUCCCUUGAGCGCCACAGUCCCGGCAUCCUAUCUCUCCCACACACCUCCACAUGACCGACCACAGCCCUACGCCAUGUCGGCUCUACACGCUGCUCUCCCCAUGGGAACUGUUGUGCCGCCAUUCCCGACUGGUCCCACAUUCGGUGGAUCAUCUACGUCGCUCACUAUGAUGAACAAUCCUCUUGCAAACCCUGGAGUUUCUUAUUCACGCUACUCGGGCGGGGGAGCAGUGAUGUCUAUGGAGUCCGUUGGUUACGAUGCAAGCAAUGAACCGAGUUUAUAUUCAGCAGGGGACAACUAUGGAUAUUCUAGGAUUGAUUCAAAAUUGACAGACGACGACUUCGCUUACAUGGAUGCAGAUGAUGCAGGCAGUAGGAAAGGACGGUCGUCGAGUUUGAACUAUUCAGGUCUGUACGGACACGCGAGGGUGCCCCUGGCAUCUUCAGUAAUGUACAGCUGCGAGUCACUCGACAAUGCCAACGAGUGUUUGGAUAACCAGCCUGAUCGAGCGAUAUAUGAAGACGAGUCCAUAUUUGAUCAGCCACCUCCUCCCGCCCCUUCUUCGAAGCCUAUAGACAAGUCUGUAGGCGCAAAUGAACUCUCCUAUUACAAAAAUUACUACGACGCCACGUCAUUUAAUCAAAUGAUUGCUUCCUCAGCCAAAGCAUCGAACAGGGAAAUCUCGCUGAAUAGGCUGGUGAACGCCUACAGUGACGGCUUCACGCCCGUAGGUCUCACGGAGAUGCUGGAGGAUCCCGUCGAGGAGGAGGAGGGAGGAGAGCGUGUCGUGUGGGAGUUUCGCACGGUGACCCUGACUCGAGUGCCGCGGUUUGGGUUUGGUAUCGCGGUGUCGGGUGGUCGCGAUAACCCACACUUCCGUAACGGCGAUCCUUCCAUCGCCAUCUCGGACGUACUCAAAGCUGGACCUGCUGAGGGCAAACUCGAAGUGAACGACCGUCUGAUCUCUGCGAACGGCGUGAACCUGGAGGGCGUGGAGUACGCGCGCGCUGUGCAGGUGCUGCGCGACUCUGGGGCGAGCGUACAGCUGCUGGUACGGCGGCGCGUGGUGCUGCCUCAUGCGUCUCCCCUCACACACUCCAUUACCCUCACUCGUACCAAGAAAAAAGAGGACCUGGGCGUGGUGCUGGGCUGCCGUCUCUACGUCAAGGAGAUCGUCCGAGGCAGCCUUGCAGCCAAGAACGGACAGCUGCGGGAGGGCGACGAGCUCGUCAAGAUCAACAACUCCAACACUGACAACCUGAGCCUGAAGGAGGCGCGGAAGCUGCUGGACAGCCACAAGGAGGAGCUGCAGCUGGUCGUGCGGCGACAGGCGACGCCUGCUGCUGGGGGCGCUCCAGCCGCUGCAGCUAAAGACAACCUGAGCCUGAAGGAGGCGCGGAAGCUGCUGGACAGCCACAAGGAGGAGCUGCAGCUGGUCGUGCGGCGACAGGCGACGCCUGCUGCUGGGGGCGCUCCAGCCGCUGCAGCUAAAGGUACCAUCAUCUUGUACGCUGGUGGAGGGCCGUCGGAUUUUCAGUAUGGCAGCGUCGGUGAGGGCGGGGGUGUUGCGUCCCCCACCGACAACGGUGCUGCUUCUCUGCCCCCUCGCCCUCCUCUUCCCCGACCUGAAGAUUACUAUACCCAGCGUCCCCCUAACUCCCCUAACACGCAACACGGCUCCCCCACCAAGCCCCAGGGGUCUGUUCCAGAGCCUCGGUACGUGAGCUUCCGCAAGGAAGGCAGCGUGGGCAUCAGACUGACGGGCGGCAAUGAAGUGGGCAUCUUCGUGACCGCCGUGCAGCCAGGGUCCCAAGCCCAACUACAGGGCAUCGUUCCGGGCGAUAAAGUACUGAAGGUGAACGACAUGGACCUGACGAACAUGACGAGGGAGGACGCCGUGCUCUACCUCAUGAGUCAGCAGGACCAGAUCGAGCUGCUCGUACAGACGCGCCUCUUCGACUACCAGCAAAUACUGGCAUCUCAGAAGGGCGACUUGUUCUACAUAAAAACCCACUUCCAUUAUGACCCCGAGGGAACUGGCGAACUGAGUUUCCGAUCUGGGGACAUUUUCCGCGUCGUGGACACCUUGCACUGCGGCGUGGUGGGCGCUUGGCAGGUGGAGCGAAUAGGCCGCAACAACCAAGAGACGCAGCGAGGCACCAUCCCGAACAGGGCGCGGGCCGAGGAGCUCGCCACGGCGCAGUUCAACGCAGCCAAGAAGGAACAGACGCAGUCAGAGUCUCGCAGCGGCUUCUUCAAGCGCAGACGCAACUCGCGACGCUCCAAGAGCUUAGGAAAAGACCACUGGGAGGACGUCAUGUUCGGCGAGUCCGUGUCCAAGUUCCCUGCAUACGAGCGCGUGUCGCUGCAGCACCCUGGCUUCGUGCGCCCCGUUGUGCUCUUCGGACCGCUCGCCGACGUCGCCAGGACCAAACUUCUCGCCGAUAACCCCGACAAAUUCUCAAGUCCUCAGCUGGACAGCAACGGCGAGAAGCAGCAGGCAAGCAUCAUCAGACUGAGCGCCAUCAGGGAGAUCGUGGAGCGCAACAAGCACGCGGUGCUGGACAUCACCCCCAGCGCCGUGGACCGCCUCAACUACGCGCAGUUCUACCCUAUCGUCGUCUACCUUAGGGUCGAGUCCAAGCAAGCCGUCAAGGAGAUGCGCGCGGGCUACCCUAAAGGGCGGCAGAGCAGCAAGAAGUUGUUCGAGCAGAGCUUGAAGGUGGAGCGUCUGUGGGGCCACGUGUUCACGUCGACCCUCACCCUGACGCAGCCCGACACUUGGCCCCGUAAACUGGCCCAGGCCAUUGCCCAGCAUCAGGCCCAGCCUGUGUGGAUGGCCCAGAGCAAGCCCUCGGAGGCGCUCUCGGACGACUUCCUCUUCCCGAUGACGUCCCGCCUCUCGUACGCGUCUUCCCCAGAGUCUGACUUGGAGGGCGGCUCUGACCCCCACACACCCGUCCAUGCCUCCCACCUCUCGUCCUCCCCGUCCUCACCCAUGACCCAGUCUCCGUCAACGUCGGGCGCCCCCACCCCCAGCCAUGGGUCAAACCUCAUGACCCAAAGGUCCCGUCUUGUCAAGAGUUCGUCUGACCCCAGCAUUGCUGCACCAGAAGAACUAUCAUCGAGUCAUCACUCAGGACCCAAUAGCGGCCCUUACUCCUACGGGGCACCUAACAUGGGCGCCGCACCCCCUCCCUACACAGCAAGUCCUAACAGGAUGCCUGCACCUGGCGACAGCAGCUUAGGCCUCCCCAGCAAGACAGCCCCAAGUGGUGGGGACAGCCAGUACGGGUUUGGGGGCACAGCUGUCGACGAUGCCCCACAUCCCCCACAUCCCCCUCCUGUACCGCGAGACCCUGAUCCCCUUACCGGGUCUAGUCCUCCCCCCUCCACAUCCCCCUACGGACAGCCCCCCUACUCCUCAUCUCCCCCCAGCUCAUUAACGUAUGGCUAUGGUCCCCAGCAGACGGGGAAGCCAGUCCCUAAUGGGUUACCCAACAAAAGCUCCUCCCCGUACAGCGGGGUUCAUCACCCACAUUUUAGUCACCACAGCCGCCUGCCUCCACCACCUCCUGCUAACGGUGCCAGCAAUAAUGGUGGCAUCAACCAUGCUGCUCCUGCCGCUACUUCCACGCCCUCCACCAAUAAUAAUCCUCGCUUUGCUCACAACCAACAUCCACCACAACCACCUCCCCCACACCCACCAGCAGCCACCAGCCCCACAUCCAUGCCUGGCUACUCCCCACCCAAGACGCACCCAGUUAAUGACAGUAUACCUGCCAACCCCGGCCACCGUAUCCCCAAUAACAACAAUAAUCACGUACCAAAUAACGGCAGCUACGUGCCUAAUAACCACGUCUCCAGUAUAAGUAAUUACAGUAGUGGUAAUCACGUGGGUAGUAACAGUAACCCCCACGGUAACAGUAACCCCCAGGGUAGUCAGGCCCCCCCCAGCAUCCACAGUCCAGGCUACGACCAGUCGGACGCGUCGCCCCCCAAGAUCGACAGGUCCAAUAAGCCGGGCAAGCCCCGCCUGCCGCCUCCGUCCGGCAACGAUUUCCGUAAUUUUAAUAGCGAAUAUGAGACUAAUUAUACGAACAGCUCGCGCAAUAACCGUGAGGAGCAGCACAGGAAGAUGGGGUACGGUCCAGCUCGUGGCCCCAACAUCGGCCCCAAUGCCCACGACGACCUCAAGAGCAGGUACCACUACUCCCCCGGCACCCAGCAGUUCCCCGCGUCACAUCCCACCCAGCAUCACUCACGCCCCAGGCCUGGGGAACACCAUACGCACCAUCCCCGCUCCUCAUCACAGCCCCCAGCGUACCAUGGAGAAGAUCCAUACAGUCUGAAGCCUGCGCCGCCACCGAAGAGCAGCAUGGCCAAGCCAGUGCCUCCCCCCAAGCCCCGCCAUCAGCCCCGUGGGGACGUGCCACAGCCGUGGGGGGCGAGGGAAGGCCAGACGAUGCUAGGUGCCAGCAACGGGCGCCUCAGUGACGACUACAGUGCAAUAGACAGCGGCCACGGCAGCAGUCUUGAGAGGAAGGCCGACACCUUCACUAAAUCUCCCUACCAAAAGCAGACGCAGGGCUCGCAAGGCUUCUACCUGAACGUGCCCAUGCCGGGCUCCAGAGGGGAAGGCCCGAAGUCCACUCCUGGUAUGGAACUCCCCAACCACGACCAUCGCGGCAGCGCCUUUGAGCUUUACAAGAAACCUACCGACCCUCGAGCUCGGUCACAACAGCCUCAGCAGCAGCCGCACUACUUCCCUGGUCCUGACGGUCAUCCUAACAGGUGAGAAGCCCCCCGGUCCUCGCGUGCUGUGCGGCCCCCGAGGCCUCAAGUUUGAAAGGCCAGUCUUUCUGCGUCUGCCCGCCGCUGGUGGCGGCGCACCUGCAAGCCAAGCAACGACCACCACAACCACUCCAACCACUGUGUCCACUGCCACCGGCAACCGAACUAAACUAUCUGCGAUGGACAAAAGAAUUGCUGGUUUCCUCUUCCGAUCUCCUCCUCUGCGCUUUAGUUUCCGGUCCUCUAAAACUAUGGCUCACCGAACCUCAACGCGUUCGUUGCUGAGCUACUCGAGUUCCUCACUUGCUUCCUCGCCGUCUAAGUUGUUUCCUACUAACUUCCUUCCCACGAACCCGUUUGCUGACACUUACCUUUCGUCGUACAGAGAUGAGCUUCUUACUUCCUCGCUCGCACCUAACCCUGCCUGGGCAGAGGCACUCCAGUCCCAAGAAGAUUUGUACUCGAGAGGAACAGCAGACGACGAUAUGGACGUCGACGGUGUUGAUAGUCCUGGCGCGGAUGGCCAGACUGAAGAGUUUGUUUCGGUUGCAGUCGAUCAUUUCUAGGACAUUUGUGAGCCACCGUCUGGUCAGAUUAAACGAUAAUUUACAUUUAUUUGAGUUACCUGUUAGGUCUAGGAGUGAGUGGUAUAUUAUGUUUCUCCUUCACGGAGAUAUUGAGCUGCCUGUGAACUGAAGUUGAAAUAAUCCGCGUUCUUGCCAUAUUGCUUGCAGGGUUUAAGCCAAAUGAUGAGAUUUAUUUAGAAUUUUUACGGUUCGGUGUCUGUUUUGUGUUGACGAGUGUGGUUGCUUCAGCCAAGAGAUGCCGUAUUUUCGUUGUGUUUACUUCCUAUUUGUUGGACACAUUUGGUAAGGUAACGUUCAUGCCUCGCAUGUUGAUAUGAUUACAGAAAAAUAACGGAGAUAAAUUAUAAAAAGAUUUUGAUAGUUUAUUAUCUCGCAACUAUUGCGUGUUGCUACCUAGUUGGCGCAACAAGAACUUCUAACAUUGGGCAUCUUAUUUACAGAUAAAAAGAAUUUCGUUAGCCGCUGGGUUGUCUCCAUAUUGGGGCCGAUUUUCUUGCAUUUCGCUAAUUUUGCAAAUCGUGAAGUAAGAUUAAAGAUGACCACAUAGAAUUUGACUCCUGUGAAUUGGCAAAUGUAUCUACAUGCUUAUUCCUGAUCUUUCUGAGCUCACUAUUGUUCAAUUUCAUCUUUAUUGUCGUUUCUUUCGGAUUAUCAUUGGAUCCUCAACAAAGGCCGGAAUUUUUAUACGACGAGCAUUUUAAAGCACAUUCUAAGAUAAAAAUGCCGUUUCUUCUCUUGCCUAUAAUGCCUUCUUUCACAAUUCCGUAGCACGCAAUUACGCGCUUAGUUAGCGUUAAUUUCUCUUUGUAAUACUAAAACUCAUAUCCUGCUAUCCAAGUAAAGAAUUUAUGCGGGACAUAAUAUUCAUGCAUCAUAAUCCAUGAAUCUCUAUGAAUCAUGUACGGCACAAUAGUGGCCCAACUUUAUACAUUGUCAUGUGCCACUUUAUUUCUAUUGAUCUCCCGCGUAACUCUCGCUAGCGUCUCUGAUUAUAGCGUUCAUAGCAAUUGAACGAACUUCCCUAUAAACUGUUAGUACGAACUCUCCCAAGUCAUUCACAGAACUCGUUUAGAACCUCUAACUUGUAGCGUCUUGAUAGAAGACAACUUGGGAUUGCGUAACUCCCAGCGGGUCAUGUUAAUAUCUGUAUGAAUCUUCGUGAUAACCGCCAUCGAACGUUAGUGAAAUAACUUAGCGUUGGGCUCCACUAGAGGAAUCCUGAUCACUUCCAUCGACAGUAUUGAUCGAAGAAGCAUCGAACGUACGUCUUUGUUAUGCAUCUCAUCGAAGUUAAUGGCCUUCAUUAGCUUCCCAGUUGUAUUGCAUGCUAACACAAGUAUUUAAUCCUAUUACCAGUUUUAUUCAACUAAAAUAUCGUUAAAAAGUAGGAUUUUAGGUCAGGUGUCUAAAUUAUUGUGAUGAUUUUAUCCAUGGCACUGUUCCAUGAACAAUGGAAUAUUACGUGAAUAAUUCUACGUCUUCUGAAUGUUGCGUUUGGGUUAAAAACAGUUUACCUUUCUCUUAGUAGCUAGGCAGAUUUUGCGUUAAGCAUGUUCUGAACAACUCAUUUCAAAAUGUAAAGACACGAAAAUUCAAUUUAAAAGUAUAUUUCGGCGAUUAUAGAUUGGCAGCUACACGGGGUGGCUCCUGAGUAUUAGUAAUUCAGGCCUAGCGACUGUCGGCUGUAAAGUUGCAGGCUUUUGCUUUACGUUAUUCAAUGCUCUGUUUUAAUGAGCGUGUUAUCUCUGCAGGCAAUAUAAACAUUAUAUGCACCGUCACGUUCUCUUAUGUUAAGGUAAUACAAACUGAAUUUCUAGGACCGUUAAUUACUGGCUAUAGCGUUUGUCAGCGUCUCCAUCGCGACUGAACUACGACACGAGAUUGCUUCCUACAUGCGGGACGCGCCGCUGAUUCUCACGUUAGCUUGAUUGCCCUUCACGACACUCACUUUUUUUGAUUUAACAAUGACGAACGUUUAAAGAACACUCGUUACACCAGCUAAGAUUAAUUUAUUAUUUACUUAAUUCCAAAAUUAACCCUAGAUGCGCCCGUUUUGCUAAGCCUUCUUGGUUGACGUGUAGAAUAAUGUACCGAUUAUUCGUAAAACGUAAUCACCCACAAUAAAAUAAUAGUGUAGGUGUUGAUUGUUCUGCAUGUUUUAGAUGUUGCUGAGGAGCCUGCAUUUAUUGUUGGUUAGCAUUCUCGUUGCACUUACAUUUUACGUGUCCGACGCCUGCCGUGCGCCAUGCAUCACUCUUAAUCAUCGCUAUCCGCAUCGCUAAGGACCCAUGCGUUCGAAUUUGUUUUGUCGACUGUUGCAAAUAAAAAGUUUGUGCCAAUCCCCCUCAGGUAAGCGCGUAAUCCCGUGUCAAAUUCAAUGUUCAGUGUUACUUUUUCACGUAAAACGCUCAUUCCUUGCAGCAGUUGUUGAGUCGUCUGGCAUGAAGAUGUAAGGUUUCUGUCACUUCAUUGGGGCUGCGGAGAGAAAGCCUCCUUGGUCUUUGCAAUUUCUGUAUUGACGUGCACUUGCACCGCAGCUAUCGAAGAGUUUGAAGUUAAACAUUGCUCGCUUGAUCCCAUUAAGACUGUUGUUUACUUGUUAUCGAGCUUUAUUUCGAAAUUUCAUCUUUGUAUUUACUUAAUGUUGAAAAUUGUAUUUACUUAAUGUCUAAAUCGUUGUUUCCCGAUUUAAAGUUAUAAACACCAUUCCUCUAGGAGAGAAUCAAUUCUAGUUUGAACACCGAGGCAGCACUUGGUGUCGCACUCCUUGCAUUGAUAUCAUAUCGUCAAUUCGUAUUCGUCCCAGUAUUAAAAUGAUAAUUUGGUUGCUGUGAAGUGUAGUAUCCACUCAAUUCCAGUUGUCUCUAAAUCUAAUUAUUCUGGCGUUGCAGCGAGUUUUAGCGUAGCGUCUGUAACGCCCAGAAUCAAAUUCGUCUCAUUAUAAGGUGGUAGUUUAUAAGCUUGACCACUCCUUUCAAACCGAUAGCGUAUUGCUGGCUGGAACAGUAGAACGGAUACCAGGUUUAAUGGCCUGCGUGUUGCAGCUCCGUACGGUUCCUGUGGAGGCUUUGCGUGAGGUGUCGUGUGAACCAUGGAGUUCCAAGACAAUAACUUAGUCCUAUUAUUAGACCUGCAAGAUUAUCUCGUCUAUGGCGUAAGCUCUUUGUUAUUGCAUUCAUUAUAGUCUUUGCUCAUGACUAGCGAUAAAUGAAUUCUGUUUUCAAUUGCGGUUACUCUAAGCAGGCGAAAUUCGUUUCCUACUGUUAGUUGUUGUUACUCGCCCGUCUUCGAAAAGCUGUAUGUACUCACAAGCUGGAUGUCGUAUUCCUUACUAUAAUUCAUUAUUCUGAAUUUAUUUUUUCAACGUCACAGAUAUCCUGUUAUUAGAUACCAUUGUAUGAAUUUAUUUAUUUAUUCUUAUGUUAACGUUUAUUUACAUCCUAUGCUUUUGUGCCGAAUUUGAAGAAAUUUAAGUCCUGAUCUGGCAUGCGGAAAUGAGUAUAGAAACAUUAAAUAUAAUUGGAAACUUAGCGCGGCAGCUUCUUAAUUAAAUCUGGCGAUUGUUGCCCUGGCCUCGUGAGCAGCAUGGAAGACACGUCAGCCUUCGCCCCUACAUGGUCUGCAACAACCAAGUGUUGUGUCCUCUUCAAUUUUGGUGUAUAAAAUAUGUCACUUUGGUGUGUCUGUGGCAGCUCUCACUUGUUCGUGGUGGCGCCUCUUGUGAAGUUUGUAAUUCCAUUGUGAUGUACAUGUAAGAUAACUAAAAUAUACGUUCGUCGAUUAA